GUCAUAUCUAUUUGUUGCUAUUAUUUGCUUUGUUUUUAUAUGUGCAUAUUUAUAUUUAAGUUUAUUAGCUGUAAGAGUCCAUUCACUUUUUGAUAUUCUAAUCGCCAGUUCAACUAUGCAGUCAGUCCUUAACGCAGCUAAAUUUUUAAGGCGUUCGGUCACCAUAAAAAAUCAUGGUUUUCGGCAAAUCGCCUGUUUAGCCUCACUGCCUGAAACUCAUCAAAUGUUGCAGAAAGCAUGCCGAGAUUUUGCUAACUCCGAACUAAUACCACAAGCAGCAAAACAUGACCGUGAACACUUAUACCCAGAGAAGCAAAUUAGAGAAAUGGGUAAACUUGGAUUAAUGGCUGUAGCGAUUCCUGAAGAAUUUGGGGGUUCUGGCUUGGAUUAUCUGGCAUACAGUAUUGCGAUGGAGGAAAUAUCACGAGGAUGUGCUUCUUCUAGCGUGAUAAUGUCUGUGAACAAUUCACUCUAUUUAGGCCCUUUGAAUUCAUAUGGCACACAGAAACAGAAGGAAACAUGGAUUCCACAUUAUACCAAUGGUGAAAAGAUCGGCUGUUUCGCAUUAUCAGAACCCGACAAUGGCUCUGAUGCAGGGGCUGCUUCUGCAAUCGCAGUAGAAAAGAGCGAUCGUUAUGUAUUAAAUGGCACUAAAAUGUGGAUUACUAACGGUUUUGAAGCUAGUGCUGCAUUAGUUUUCGCCACCACUGACAAAUCAUUAAAACACAAAGGGAUAUCCGCUUUUCUCGUACCUAAAAGUAUCAAGGGUUUUUCAGUAGGCAAGAAGGAGGAUAAAUUAGGAAUUAGAGCUAGUUCUACGUGUCAGCUAAUAUUUGAAGAUUGCGAAAUUCCUAAAGAAAACAUAUUGGGUAAACCAGGUAACGGUUUUAAAAUUGCUAUGCAAACAUUGGAUGCAGGACGCAUUGGUAUUGCCAGUCAAGCAUUGGGCAUAGCGCAAGCUUCACUUGAAUUGGCAAUCGACUAUGCGCAAAAACGUAAAUCAUUUGGCAAACCCAUUGCUAAAUUACAAAUUAUACAGCAAAAACUUGCAGACAUGGCAUUAAGCGUAGAAUCGUCUCGCUUACUUACAUGGCGUGCUUCUUGGCUGAAAGAUAAUGGAAAAUCAUAUACGAAGGAAGCUGCAAUGGCCAAGUUAGCAGCGUCCGAAGCGGCUACUUUCUGUUCGCAUCAAUGCAUUCAAGUGCUAGGCGGCAUGGGAUACGUUACCGAUAUGGCAGCAGAACGUUUCUACCGGGAUGCACGCAUUACAGAAAUAUACGAGGGCACCUCUGAAAUACAGCGUCUUGUGAUUGCAGGACAAGUACUAAAAGAAUAUCUUGCAUGAUCUUGAUUUUAUCUCAUUAGUAUAUUAAGUGACAAAGAUAGUAGAAAAUUUGUAUUUAAACACAUAUGUAUUAAAAACAUAUUAUUAAAAAUAUU